AUGCACGACAGCUCCGACGACGAAAUUCCCGUGCCUAUGAAGCUCAGUGCUCUCACCAAGGCAUUACUUAACGAUGGUGGUUCCGCUGAAUCCGAACGGGCGCCCUCACCGCCGCGAACGCGCCGUCGCGCAAGCAAUCUCGCCGCGUCGACGACAUCCGCCACCGAGGAGAGAAGGUCCCUCAGGUCCGGAAGUGCACAAGCGCAAGAGACCAGGUCCUCAAAACACUCAUCGCCUAUGAGAAGCCGGGAGGCUAGUCCCAUACGCAAGAGGGUUCGCCCUCCUUCCAGAAGUCGUCCGGAGAGCCGUGACCAGUCCUCAGACGAGAGGCAAGAGCCACCGCAAGACAUCAACACGCCUGCACAGGGAGUCCGAGUUGUCCGCAUUGCUGCCGGUUCCUCCGGCAACAGGAGUCGGCUUGGCAGUUCAUCCGGCCGCUCACGACGGUCUGGUUCUCAACUCGAGCAGGAACAUUCCGAAGAACCGGUAACUUUGGGUCGUCACCCCGCUGGUAUUAAUCCUGGCAGCGUCUCGCGCCACACUUCAAACGCCGGGAAAAACAUCAAGCCGGAGGACAACCUUGCGUUGCAGGGCUCAAUGCGCGUCAAGCGUAUUGGCAAGGUUCCGGGAAGCUUUCUUAGUGGACCUGCACGACGUGGACGAAGGCGGCAGAGUGAGGAAGAGGCGGAGGCCAAUGGUGAGGGCGAGGGUCUCGUUUCCAGUUUUGAGCAUGAUGGCCAGGGCCGCGAUCUGGACAACGACUUAGCAUCAUCAUUUUAUGGAAACGGCAGGCAACUCGCAUCAGGAAGUCCAGUAGCUCUGAGCGAUCCUUCUAGAGCAGGUCACCGACGACCGGUCUCAUAUGCCGAACCGGCCCCCUCUGCUCGCCAAUCACCCAAGGAGAGAGAGGAAGAAGAGCCCGAAGAGAUUCACUACAGAUUGCCGGCACAGCGUCCUCAGGUCCCGUCGGGUCAUGACCAGGAGAACGAGCUUCCUUCCAUUCUCAGAAGUUCGAAGCCCGCUGUAAGCCUCCUGGCUGAGAAGGAGGCAGAGAGGAUACCGAGGCGGCCUGUCAACACCGAGGCUGCACCUCAUCGAUCUGCUGUGUCGCCGGAACGGAAACCUUUAUCUUCCCUGGCCAACAACACACCUCGCAGACCAGCACCACCACCUCCCCCGAAGAUGUCCGUGCUUGAUGCUGCCACUACAUCAGCCGGAGCCGCCACUACGUCUCAGGGAAAGCAGAGGCGAAAUAUACUUCGGGUGAAUGGAAAGUCCUACACAAGGCUCGACUGUCUGGGUCGUGGCGGUAGCGCUAAGGUCUACCGUGUUACUGCAGAAAACGGAGCGAUGUUUGCUUUGAAGAGAGUUUCGCUGGAGAGUGCCGACGAAUCGACCAUCCGAGGUUAUCGCGGCGAGAUCGACUUGCUGGGGAAGCUGACGGGCGUCGACCGAGUCAUCAACCUGUUCGACUAUGAAAUGAAUGACGAAAAGAGAGUCCUGACUCUGCUCAUGGAAAUGGGCGAGUUGGAUCUCAACACUCUCCUCAGGAGUCGGCAAAAUCCCGAAACUGCCAAAUUUGAUCCUGUCUUUGUCCGGUUUUACUGGAAAGAGAUGCUCGAGUGUCUGCAAUCAGUACACCAGUACGACAUCGUUCACUCUGAUCUCAAGCCCGCCAACUUCGUACUCGUCAAGGGCCGCUUGAAGCUCAUCGAUUUCGGCAUCGCCAAUGCCAUCCAAACGGAUGAGACCGUCAACGUCCACCGCGAAACCCAAAUCGGCACACCGAAUUACAUGUCGCCUGAAUCACUUUUGGACUCCAAUGCUCCUAGAGGCGGCCGUGUUCCCGGAAGACCUAAAUUGAUGAAGGUCGGAAAGCCGAGUGACGUCUGGUCGCUUGGCUGCAUAUUGUACCAAUUUGUUUACGGAAUCCCUCCCUUCGGCCACAUUGCCAACCAAAUGGCAAGAUGCCAGGCCAUCAUUAACUGGGACCACAUCAUCGAGUUCCCUUCCCGGGGAAUGGGCGGCGUUCCCGUACCUCCAUCCCUUGUACGAACUUUGAGACGAUGCUUGAACCGCGAGGUUCACAUGCGCCCGACUUGCGAAGAACUCCUUCACGAAACCGAUCCCUUCCUCUACCCUAAUGAGCUUAGCGAGAAGGCCCUCCCCAUCGACGAAGAGCUGCUCGGCAGGAUCAUUCAGAGCGUUGUUACGAGAUGCCGAGAACGCAUGCCAACCGAAGCCGAGGCCAUGUCGGUUUGGCCGUCAGCCUACUGGGCUAGUGUUAAAAAGGCAACGAAUAGAUCAUGA